CCUGCUUUGAGCGCCGCUGUUCACCACUUCAACUCAAUCUUGAAGCUCUCAGCUUGCCUCAAACUUACCUCUACAGCUAAGGAGCUGAAACGAAAAAUUCUCGUUGAAUUUUCGACGUCCCCCAACCGCGAUUACAUCGUUAUCUGUGGACGCGCUGCCUUGGCGCGCGAUAACACAACACAAUAACAAAACCUCGAGAUGGUGGUACAGCUGCGGUCCAGGGGUAAGGUCGGUGGAUCAUCAGCUGAGCCUGAAGCGACAAGAAAACCGCGAAAACGUACUGGAAGACAGCAGUCAGAGAGACCUUCCGCGCUUAAGCCAAGCAUUGAGGUACAGAUCAAUGCAUCAGGGUCGAACUCAAGUCGACAGUCAACCAUUCAUGCAAUUCCGCAAGAUCAGCCCUCUACCAGCCGAAGCCGGGUGACGAGAUCGAAAAGGGCCAAUACUCCCCAUGAAAAACUGCCCUCGCCAACUCCGAGGAAACGUCGUGCUACGAACGCAAGUUCGAAAGACCAACCCGCCAAGCGCCAGCAUCGUUCUCGUCGCAAAGCUGCGCUGGAAAAUGCUGAGGAGGAUGAACAACCUCAGCUGAACCAGGAACACGAAGAGGCCUCAGAAGCGGAGGAAAACGCCUUGCCGGAGCACCCGGACUUUAUGAACAUCAUCAAUUCGAACAUCCUAGGUAUCAACAGUUCUCGCAACGAGCUACCCAUCAAUGGCGAACUACACCCGGAGAGAGCUGGUAGGAGGAUCUCUGAGGCAGAAGUUCCUCAGAUUGCAGACUCGGACGAAAAUAUCGCCUUGGACGACAUACCACAGGAGCAGGAACUAGGCAACGCUGGAAAUAACCAAGCUUCAACUACAAGUCCUGAGCAACCAGAAGCACCGCAUGAAGAACUUCCAGUAUCUGAGCAGGAGGCCCCUCAAGCGACGCAAGUAAUGUCACAAUUUGAUACAUCUUCUCGAAGGCAAUCGUUACGACGAAAGCGUAGACGGCAGAGCCAGAAGCCGACUUAUGACGCACCUGGUUAUAAUGCAAGGGGCGUGUCCCCAGAUCUUGGUUCAGCAGUUCCUCAAGCGCCAGCCACAGAGGCAUCAGCGUCACAACAAGUCCACGCUGGGGGCGAUAUCUAUAACGUUCCGUCCGAUGGAGAGCAACCAAGUCAGCCGAUAGUGUUUAGGGGGGAGAAGGAGACCCACGGCACGCAUGCUGAACAUAGACGGAAAGCUAAGCAGGAUAAACGAAAAAGAAGCCAACCUGAGCAACAAAAUGAUCAAGCACCAUCACAGGCCGAGAAAGAGCAAGAAGAAGGGAGAAAUGAAGAGAGUGCCAGAAAGAAAGAUAAGAAUGGAGAUCAAGAUGGGGAAUAUGAGGAUGAAGGUCAAGACUCCGACAAUGAUGAGCCGGCAGCAGAACAAGAGCUUGAUACAUCGGAUCUGGUUGAAGAUUCGUUGCUGCUCGACGAACCACCAAGUGGUUUGCAAACAGCGCACCUAAUUCCUACCGCCUGGAUUAAACGAGAUACAGUACAGAAACUCGUUUGGACCACGACUUAUUCAGGGUGGAUGAAUGGAAGAAAGUGGAAGAAGGAUGCUCUCGAGCUCGCAAGAACAGCUUCUGAAGCAUUGAAAGAGGACGAACGUGUGCGAUCAAGGCUUGUCUUGGCUAAACUUUACGAUCUCUACGAACUUUGCAAGGAGAUCCCGUCAUCAUCGAUAUCACAGCAGCUGGAAUAUAUUCGCGAGCACACAGCCCAGCUCAACAGUUUAUACACCACACUUCGCGUGACUAUUGACGAGUUCAUUUCAUCCAUCAACACGAUAAUGGAGCAGGGCGACGCGAAACAAGUGAGCAAGGGCUAUCAAUACGUGACAAAGUUGCACAGACGCAUCAUUCCUAUGCUGGUUCUGGUAUUAGAUCAAUCUUUCCAGGCUGGAUGCGGAAGACCUGGUGAAAGUGCCAAAAAGCUAGGCUUUCAAAAAGGAGAAUUUACAGUGUACACACUAGAGCCACUGGAGAGGGCUGCAGGCUGGGCCCUGAGACUCUCCCAGGUUGUGGAAAGCUGGUACGAGCUUCAUCCUCCCAGGAGAGAACGUGAUCAAGGCGAAGAGGCUAAGGAGCAUCGGGGAAUCUUCAGGGAAGCCACAAAGCAGCUAAAGAAAUCGCUCGAGAAGGCCAGAGAAAGCAUUGGUGCUAUUAAGAGAGCACCGAACCAACGAAGGAAAGUUAUACAGAAGGAUGAAGCUGUUCGAAUGGAACGCGAGGCUGAUGCGCAGCGGCGCAGAAACAUCCAAGAUAUGCAGAUGCAGCGUUUUCUACAGUCGAUGCAGAAGAUUGAAUCAUCUCAACCGCGUCCGCCCACGAUAGGCUCAUACCGACAGGCUGUGCGCAGCUACCAGUCCGCGACUAGUCGGUCAGGCUUAAUCAGAUCGCAAGAGCCGUCGGAUGUUGAAUAUUUCGAGAAGCAUGGCUGGCACUACUCGGAAGAUGAUCAUCUCUUAAGUUUGAUCCGAACCACAUCCCACCCGAACUAUGAGAUCUUUGGCCGGGUGCUUCCUGAUCGAGAUCCCGAUGAGCUGAAAGAGCGGUCAAAUUAUUUGAGGAUGGUUAUGCGCGACAAGUAUGAGCGAAAGGGUAUUCAACCGCCCGGGUGGUGUGUUGCUGAAGAUUGAGACUAAGGUCAGGAGCUAUUGGAGUUGGGAGCAUUUGCUUUUACGAUACCCUGAACAACGCGAGAUACGUCUCUUGGAAUUCAAGCGAACUGCGUAUGAUUAAUGAAAGAACGGUUACGAGUGUGCAUCGUUAUGGCAAAAUGUAUUAUUACCCAACGUACUACAGAACUCGC